AUGGCGUUGUCUCAACAAUCGGCUGUUACUAUUAAUUUGGUUGCGACGUUGUUCUUGCUUGGAUUGAUAAAAUUCUCCAUCAUUGAAUGCCGAAGGCUUGAGUCGACCGGUUCCGAUGUAACAUACACUGCAAUCAACUGCCGAAAACAUACGGCGUUUUUGACAGAUUUCGGAGGCAAGGGUGACGGCAAAACAUCAAACACAUUAGUUUUCCGAUCGGCGGUUCAGAAUCUCAGCCAGUUCGCAAAUGAUGGCGGAGCACAGCUCGUUGUACCGCCGGGAAAAUGGCUCACUGGUAGCUUUAAUCUCACCAGCCAUUUCACCUUGUAUCUCCAAUUCGGCGCUGUUAUUCUUGCCUCUCAGGAAGAAGGAGAGUAUCCCCUUAUUGAACCAUUGCCUUCGUAUGGUAGAGGAAGAGAUGGACCAGGAGGAAGGUUUAGCAGUCUGAUCGGUGGAUCACACCUCACCGACGUUGUUGUUACAGGUGGUAAUGGGACUAUUGAUGGCCAGGGUUCGUUGUGGUGGAAAAAGUUUCAUAAAAAGCAAUUGAAGAACACACGACCCUACUUGAUCGAGCUAAUGUACUCAAAGCAAAUCCAAAUCUCCAACCUCACUAUGAUCGAUUCACCUUCAUGGUUUGUUCAUCCAGUUUAUAGCAGUGAUAUAAUAAUGCAAGAUUUAACAAUUCUCGCACCAGUGGAUUCCCCAAAUACAGAUGGAAUCAAUCCAGAUUCUUGUAAAAAUGUAAAAAUCCAGGAUGUGUUCAUAGUCUCCGGUGACGAUUGUGUAGCAGUGAAAAGUGGAUGGGAUGAAUACGGGAUAAAAUUCGGGAUGCCAACAGAAGAAACGAUCAUAAGGAGGCUAACUUGUAUUUCCCCCGAUAGUGCAGUGAUAGCACUCGGAAGUGAAAUGUCCGGCGGAAUCAAGAACCUUAGAGCCGAGGAUAUCAGGGCUAUCAAUUCCGAAUCGGCGGUGAGAAUCAAAACAGCUCCGGGAAGGGGAGCGUAUGUGAAAAACAUCUUCGUGGAUGGAAUGAAUUUGAAGACCAUGAAGUACGUUUUCUGGACAACCGGGUCAUACGGGCAGCAUCCGGAUCCAGGUUAUGACCCGAAGGCAUUCCCGAGAGUUGAUCGAAUUAAUUACAGAAAUGUGGUGGCGGAAGAUGUGAAAAUGGCCGGGAAUAUGGGUGGGAUCGAGGGAGAUCCAUUCACCGGAUUUUGUCUUUCGAAUGUUACGAUUGGGUUGGCUGAGAAACCUAAAAAACUGCAAUGGAAUUGUACGGAUAUUUCCGGUGUCUCGAGUGGCGUAACUCCGGCGCCAUGUGAGCUUUUGACGGAUAAAGAGUCGAUGGAGUGCGAGUAUCCAUCGGAUAAGCUCCCGAUUGAUACUGUGGAGUUGAUGACUUGUUCUUUUAAGGAAUUUUAGUAAGAAAUUGCAUGGAUCAUAAAUUUAAAUCAAAAGUAUAUUUCAGAGUAUAAA